CCCCGGGUAAACUUAGAAAUCUACCUCACGUCGUUUAACUGUCAACGAAAAAGAAAAGCAGACGACUUUGUUCUCCAAAUCUGCGUAGUUCUCCUCACUCGGACUCAGAUCGUCGCCGACCUCCUUCUCCGAUUGCGUCGAUUUCCGAGCUACCGAGAUGAGUGAGGUCUUCGAAGGCUACGAGCGUCAGUACUGUGAGCUCUCCGCCAACCUCUCCCGGAAAUGUAACGCCGCCGCUCUUCUUCCUGACCAAGGGCAGAAGCAGCAGAGGUUUUCUGAGAUUAAAGCUGGAUUGGAUGAUGCCGAUGGUUUGAUUCGGAAAAUGGACCUGGAAGCAAGAAGCUUGCAGCCGGGGGCGAAGGCGGCGCUGCUUGCGAAGUUGAGGGAGUACAAGUCUGAUCUGAAUAAGUUGAAGAGGGAGAUCAAAAGAAUUACAUCACCGAAUGCUAAUGAGAUUGCUCGGGAUGAGCUUUUGGAGUCCGGAAUGGCGGAUAUGCACGCGGUUUCUUCUGAUCAAAGAGAGAGAGUGGCAAUGUCAGUUGAGAGACUAGAUCAAUCAAGUGACAGAAUUUCUGAGAGUAGAAGAACCAUACUGGAGACCGAAGAGCUUGGUGUUUCCAUUCUCCAAGAUUUGCAACAACAGCGUGAAACUCUCCUACAUUCCCAUAAGAAACUUCACGGGGUAGAUGAUGCCAUAGACAAGAGUAAAAAAGUCUUAACUUCCAUGUCGCGGAGGAUGACCAAGCAUAAGUGGAUAGUCGGCUCAGUUAUUGGAGCUCUUGCUGUUGCAAUCCUAUUUGUUCUAUAUUUUAAGUUUUCGCAUUAACAGACUCCUGAUUACCCAUUACGGUGCAGGUUAUACAUCUGCAUUAUUUGUAUGUAUGCUUGAUUAUCCAUGUGUGAAUCAAAUUCUUAUCAUACUUCCGAUCUCUAUAUAUCUUGUUUCUGUAUGUUUAUAGAUCACAUCUUAAGCUUGUGCAC